UCCAUCGUCACAUCGCAACAAGGGCGCUGCUUGUCAUUUGCUGCCUUGGCAACAAGGUUUAAAAGAGAAAGUUGUUUCCCCCCCUUUGAGUUGUUUCUUCAUCGUCUUUUUCCCAUCGACAUCUUCAUUAGCAGAACAAACAAGAUGAGCAACCCCAAGGUUUUCUUUGACAUGACUGCGGACGGCAAGCCCCUUGGGCGCAUUGUCAUGGAGCUCCGCGCGGAUGUCGUUCCCAAGACUGCCGAAAACUUUCGUGCUCUCUGCACUGGCGAAAAGGGCUUUGGAUACGCUGGAUCUACGUUCCACCGUGUGAUUCCCAACUUUAUGUGCCAAGGCGGCGACUUUACACGCGGCGAUGGUACUGGGGGCAAGUCGAUCUACGGCAACAAGUUUGAGGAUGAAAACUUUCAGCUGAAGCACAUUGGGGAGGGUAUCCUGUCCAUGGCGAAUGCUGGCCCCAACACGAACGGAUCUCAGUUUUUCAUUUGCACUACCCAGACGACCUGGUUGGAUGGCAAGCACGUUGUGUUUGGAAAGGUGACUGAGGGAAUGGAUAUUGUUAAAAAGGUGGAGAGCUUUGGUUCUCAGUCUGGCAAGACCAAGGCCAAGAUUGUUGUGCAAAACUCUGGUCAAUUGUAAACGGGAGUGAGUAAAUAUAUGCGGACUA